CCUCGAUCACCAGCAAUUCAACAUAUUCCCGGCGAUCUUCAGCCGGCAGCUCAACUUCUCCGCGGCGGCCGCCGCCAAUUGCGGCCAGAACAAGCUGAUGGACGAGCUCAGGCCGAAUCUGGGACUGCUCGGCGUCGGCCUGGUCGAGAACGACAGCUUCCACCUCAAUCACAAUCAGGAGAAGAGAAAGUGCAGCAGCGCCAGCUCGAAUGAGCAGGACUUCGGUCUGUACGGGGUACAUCAGGGCCUGGAGGCGAGCCCGCCGACGCCCGCCGCGACUCCCGGUAGAAGCAGCGUCGGGGCCACCACGACUGUCGGAGCAGAAGGCGCUUUUAAAAAAUUAAAGCCUGACCCCUGCGCCUCUAGUCCUCAUAUUGGUCACACACCUACAACAGCUAGUUGUCCAACACCCGCCCGACGGCGACACAGGACUACCUUUACACAGGAGCAGCUAGCAGAAUUGGAAUCGGCGUUUGCAAAAUCUCAUUAUCCGGACAUAUACUGCAGGGAGGAAUUGGCGAGGACCACCAAAUUGAACGAGGCCAGAAUUCAGGUUUGGUUCCAGAACAGAAGAGCGAAAUACCGGAAGCAGGAGAAGCAAUUGCAGAAGGCUUUGACACCAAUUCCCGCCUGCCAAGGUGCCAUGAUGAGGAAUAUCUAUCCUGGUGCUAGCAGAGGUUAUCAACCCUACCCCCAUCCUCACAACAGCAUAAAUGGCAUAAAUCGUUAUCCCCAGAUGGGCACGACGUCUUAUCCGAGCAUGACCCAGCCGUUCUCCAUGUCGCAUUCAGCGUCGAAUAUGUCGGCCGUCACCGGUAUGCGACAAGAUGCAAUGGGGAUGUCAGCGGAGGACGAAUGGUACAACAAGAGCAUCUCCGCUCUGAGAAUGAAUACAGCCCACCACCCGAAUUUGGCCGCACCCAUGUUACAAUAUCAAACAUAAUUGUAAACGGAGGCGGGAGGGCGAUUCAAGAAUCUCGUCAAAAAUCCGAUGUCAUAUUUAUGAUUGAACCGAUCGUGAUAACGAGGGAAGAGAAACACGAAUGGAUAGUGACGAGAUCGACAAAGCCCGAUCGACGUUUCGUCAUUUCGCAAACGAAAAAGGCAAGAGAUAAAAGCAGAAAUACAGAUGAUCCAUUUGCGUUACCGCUAAUCGGCCCUCAUGGCCGCAUCGACAUCCUGAUUUCGCGACACACCCUCGCGUUUCGCUUUGCAGCAAACGAGCUCGAUUCGCAUAUAUUGCGAAUACACACGCGUCAAAGCACUCAUCGAUUACGUUUCCAAUUUCGUCAUAUAUAUUGUUCGGGCAAGCUAAAUAUUAUUAUUAAGCGCGAUGUUAAAUUUGAUUACUACGAUAAAAUGGCUGCAUUUAUUUCGAGCAUCCGAAAUGUGAGUUUCAGAGCGCCAAAGUUGAUUGCGUUGUACGAAAGGAAUAUUGUUGCAGAAUUUCAAUUAGUCUACUUAUUUAUAUUCUCGCCUAUGACUGCUCGUGUGAUUACCGCGACAUAGAUUGUAUUACGAUCGACGCACAGAUUGUUUCUAAUAUCGCGUAUUUUUUUUUAGUCUCACGCAAAUUUAGUACAAAUCUUUUCUCGUAAUGAUAAAUCUUGAAUUAAGAUUCUAUUAAAAGAAAGCAAAAUUUGUCAAGACAAUUUUAAGAAUGAAUUUGUGUAGAAAAAAAAUGUUCUUUUUUCAUGUUCGACAAAAUUGUAGCAAAAUUUAAUUCGAGAUAUUUAUUAUAUUUAUUAUUUUGUUCAAGAAUUAACAAUUUUUUUUUUAUUUUAUUAAACUUAAUUUUGUAAUUACUUAUUAAUUUGUUUCAUUUUUUAAAAGAAAAAAUAAAAAAUUCUGCCGCGAGAAUUAAAUUGAAAAUUCAGCUAAGUAGUCACAUCUAUAUUUCGAUUUUCGUAGCGCAGAAAAAUUUUCUUUAUUUUUUCUAUAUGCUAAAAAAGAAGAAAGUCUUUUUUACAAUAUUGAAGAGAAAAUGCGCGAUGUUUGAGACAGCCCAUAAUUUGGAUUCGUAGAUAGCGAUAAUUCUGCGACUUGCGUGUAUAAAACAUAGAACCGUUUUGUCGCGAAUUCUGUAUAUUUUCUACGUAUAGCGAUUGUCUAUUUUCUAAUUACUUUCAUUAAAAGAAACGUGUCUCUCGACGCGCAAAUGCACACUUGCACGCGACAAUUCGUUAAUCUCUUAACAACGAUACGUGCCACGCUUUCGUUAAUUGACGAAAAAAAGGGGGGAUGGGAGGCAAAGGACGAGACUGUACAUAAGGGUGAAGAUAUAGAUACAUAGAAAGCGUGUAAUCGGCAGAUACUCUAGCAUAUGCGAUUUUUCAAUGUCCUUUUAAAAGUGUAAGCAUACCCUUAGUGAAUGAUAUUAGGCAUUGAUUUGUGUGCUUAUGUUGACCACGAUUUUGGAUAACAAGAGGCGGGGGAGAAAGGCAGAAAGAGAGAGAGAGAGAGAGAGAGAGAGAGAGAGCGAGAUGGGAGCGCGGUUGGACGACGGUAUCUGACAGUGCUUUUUGCGUUUGAAAUUUGAGGGGCGCCAGGGGGGUUUUUCGUCGCGACCAUCGUAUUAUCGAAACUCAUCCCUUCGCAUAGAUUAGAUGUCGUUGCAUACAAAUCUACACAAGAACGUGAUUCGCCAACCUUCCAUAAGUGACACAAAACCAUGUGAUUUUACGUAUAAAAAAAAAAAAAAACAUGAAACGUAAAACACUAACUGUAAGUAUAUAUUCGAUCUAGAAAAUAUCUCGCAUGUGUGAGUCAGAGACAAAAAAAGUUAUAAGUGAGAAUGAUAAGUGACAUAAGAAUAACUGAUAAUGUUACUGAAUUGCUCAUAUUUUUUAAUUCGUGUCGUUCUUAAAAUGGGGAUGUGAUGUAUAUCAGCGUAUCGCAAUAGGAUGUUCAGCAUUAGUUUACAAUAUUAUUCGACGGAAUUUAUACUGAGCGAUUUAUUCGUCGAGAUACUAUUGCAUGGUACGCUUAUAUAUUUAUGUAAAUUUGUGUGCAACAACUUUUAAACUUAUUUUACACUGAGAAAGUAUCCGGUACCGUAAAACCAGAUUCGUCGAAUCGUAAUGACAAGUUUAUUGGGCGAAAAAAUUUACUCUUUUCAUUCAUCAUAGCAUUGAUUACAAAUGUCAAUCGUUAUAUUAAGAGUACAUUGUCGAUAUCGUGAUGAUUCUUUUAACUAUGAAUGAAUAAAGUAUAAAUGCAAAAGAUGGGGUUGUACCUUAUCUUACUCACACAUUCAAGAUUAAAAUAUGUAAUUAUCGCUAACGGAUCAUAUUGUGUAACAAUGUUGUGCUCGUAAUAUUCAAAUACGAUUGCUUCGACAGGCGAAUAAAAUCAGGCAAAUAAUUGCUUGAUGUCGCGGGAAAACUCAUAGCCGUUGAGGUGACAAGAAAUGAAAUAUUAUUCGUAAGCAACGUAACAGAUGUAACGCGUAAAAAUUGGAUUGUCAGUGAGACGGUUGUCGAACGAGCAUUAUUCACUCUGUUGCCGCAGAGUCGGUUUAUUAUUACGAUUGUUCAUCGUCCGGAUGCUUUCCCGCGUAAAAACAGAGAAUCGGAGCUUUCGUCGUUUUAACCGUUUAUAUUUCGAACUCUUCUAUACCGAUGAAAUAAAAUUUUAUCGGUAAAAAUUUUCGAUUUAAAAUCCAUUGAAAUUUUAGUUUAAUUAUAUACAAUAUGUAAUGGAUAUAAGAAAGUCUAUGUAUAACGAUUAUGUGCGCUUUAUAUAACUUAAAAACAAAACUAAAUAUUAAACAUAUUUUAAUAAUUAUUUUAUUCAAUUUUACGAAAUAUUAUACUCAAGUUUGUGAGAUACUAUAAAGGGUUUUGACGUGUGAAAAAUUCCAUAAAAUAAGAAUAAAUUUUUUAAUUUCAAUUUAUCGCGGAAAUUAUAUAAAACUUUCUGCAGAAGUUAUUAUGGAAAUACAAGCGAAAUACAAACGAUUAACACGCGAUUCGCGUGCGACUUCUCCCUGGCGCCUUUCAGUAAUAUUUGGAAUCUGUCCAGUCAACAAUCGUCUAUAUUGGUGUCAUUUUUCGAUAACUGUUUAAUCAAUAUAUUGACUCGAGGAUGAAGCUGCAGACGACUGCGCAUUGUUUUCGUGUAGUUUCGCGCUGCGAUCUUAUUAUUAUCGUUCGCGGCAUUCCACGAGAAAUGUUCCUAAAAAAUUUGUAACAUAUCUUACACGUACACGCUACACACUACACACUCAUAUAUGCAUAAACAUGUACACAUAUAAAAGUGAAUACAAAGAUUUACGGCACGCGUGUGAACAUGUGUAAGCUCGUGCAUUCGAAAUCACACACGAAAUCACAUUGUGUUGAGAGGACAAGUUAAAAAUUAAGUGGAAAUGCAUACCGGACGAGCGUAACAUAGUUUUAAGCAAGGGUCACGUAUUGUACGUAUGUGUUGU